AUGAAUAUGUCUGUCUCGGAUCUUUCUGUUGGUUGUCGAUUUGCAGAUUAUUUUGUAAUAUGUGGACUUGAUUUUGAUUCGGGAUUAGAAACUGAUAGACUUAGCGGCGAUAAUCUACAUAUAUCUCCACUUGAUCGCUCAUAUAAAGGAAAAGUUUUAGCUCACUAUCCAGACAAUGUUAACAGCAACCAGUUUGAUGAGCAUGCUGUGUGCAUGCUUUGUUUACCAGCUGGUCUACAAUUUAGAACACAAAAACAUUCAUUAGAACCAAAGUUUCAUAGUUUUGUUGUUACAAGAGAAAAUGCAUCUAGAUAUUAUGGAUUCAGUCUUAUGUUCUAUGAAGAAGUUAGAAAUAGAAAUAUAUGCAGUGCCAUGCAUACAUUACAGGCAAUGUAUAUCACUGAAUUAUCAAGUGGCCAAACUCCACCAGGGAAUAGGAAGGGAUCUGGUAAAGAAAGCUCAAGAUCUCUACCUAGAUCCUUCAAAUUAGCACCACACACAGGAGCAGCCCUAACAUAUUAUGAUAUAACCAAAGAUAAACUCUAUGUAGCCAAAAGUAUAGCACUUAUAUGCCAAUACCCUUAUGUUAGGGUUGCACAAUUAUUUUUAGAGAAUUUAUUUAGGUCAUUACCCAGACAGCCAGGACCUGGACUUAGUCCUGAGUCUUAUGUCUACAAUCUUUUGUAUGAAGUACCCGUGCCAUUGCCAGGGCAGGCUUUACGUCUCUAUGUUCCACCAUCAGAACCACAUUUGGAUCCAAUACCAGUUGUGAUAAGAAUGCCAAAUGCACCUGAGGAGCUACCUCUAUUAGAUUAUCCACUGCGAGUGAUGUUUUCCCAUCUUGGUGUGGAAUGUGUAGUACAGUUGUUCACUUGUGUGCUUUUGGAACAUCAGGUGUUACUAAGAUCUAGUGAUUUUAACAAGCUCAUGUUAGUGGCGGAGUGCAUUGUAUCUCUCCUGUUACCCUUUUCAUGGGCACAUGUGUAUGUACCAAUAUUGCCUUCACCUUUACAUCAUUUUCUCGAUGCUCCUGUGCCAUUCGUUAUGGGCUUACAUGCGGACAGUGCAGCAAUUACAAUAGGCAGCAACGGUCCACGUAAUAUUGCAUUAGGUUCUGAAGCAGCUCUUUGUUUGGUAGAUAUAGACAAACCAGACAUACAAUUACCCGAGGAACUACCAAUACUUCCACACAGGACGCCAUUUAUAGAAGAGCUGAACCAUGUUUUAGAUAAGCAUCAGAUCCAAAGACCUGAAACUGAACCAACUAAACUUGGUGUGCCAUUAAAUGGAACUUCAUACAAACAUAUGAAUGAUGGCAUGAGUAGCAGUUGCACGUUACCUUCAGGCGGUCUCCGUCGCAAGCACUCGUUCCACGACGUGCUGGAGUGGGAGGAGAGCCGCCCGCUGAACGCGUCGCCGCCGGGCUCGCCGCGCCGCGCGCCGCGCCGCCUCGACACGCUGCAGCGGAUCGUGGACAUCGUUAAGCGUACUGGAGUUAAUAUAGAUGAUGUGGACGCAGAAACAGUAAUGCCAACCGCAAAGAAAAAAAUACUCAACGAUGAAGACCAGUAUAAUGAAGAUGUGCGCUUUAAUAUUUCAAUACGAGAAACAUUCCUCAACAGAUUUGUUCACAUGUUUUUGAUGUAUGAAAACUUCGUUAUAAUGCCAGACCAGGAUCGCGACUCAUGGCUGUCAGCACGAGAGUCUAUGGUGAACUUUGACAAAGCGUCGUUCCUGUCCGACCAACCGCAACGUCAUAGACCAUUCCUCUCACGCUUUCUAGAAACACAAAUGUUCGCUACACUCAUUGAUAACAAAAUAAUGGGCAAUUGGGGAGAAUACGAUGCUAACCUACAAGUUUUUGAACACAGAAUUCGUGCUGUUAGGGGAAGGGGGUCUCGCGACGCGGGGUUACAGCGUGUGGGCGGGCGCGGGGGGCGCGGGGGUGCGGGGGGCGCGGGGUGGGCGUGCGAGGUGGAGGUGGGCGCGCCGGGCGAGCGCCUGCCGCACCGCGCCGCCUACUACCGGGCCUUCCCCGCGCGCCUCGACGCCGCCGCGCUCGCGCCGCCCACGCCGGCCGACCGCAGAACUAAUAGCUUGAAGCGUAUAAAGAAUGCGAAAUGGCAAGUAAAAGAUUGUCCGCCAGAACUCUUACUUGGAGAUAUAGGAAGAAGACUUUCUACUGAAGUCACUCCCGCCGCCAUUGCCCAAAACAAUAGAACUUUUGUGGAAAAACUUUUAAAGGAAUGCAAAAGUAAAACAAAGCGAAUGCUUUUGGAAAAAAUGGGAACAGAAGAGAGCGACUUAGGGCUCGGAUGCGAGGUUUCUAUCACAGGAGUAGAAGAGAGUACGAUGAUAGCUUCACUUUGUGAUCUUUUGGAACGACUUUGGUCUCACGGCCUACAACAUAAGAUGGGAAAAUCAGCUCUAUGGAUGCAUUUGACAAAUUAUCAAGAAUUAGAACAAUGUAGCAACUCUACAAAACCUAUUGAUCCCAAUUAUUUAACGCCUGCCUUGGCUUGGUGCGUUUUACGCAAACGGUUAGAUUAUUUAUCAUCUGUGGGCGCAGAAGUAGAAGCUCAACAAAGCACAAGUGCAAAUAGGUCACGAGAUAGUUCCCGGGGUGGAUCCCGCGAUAGUUCUCGAGAUCGUCUCAGUAAUUCUGGAACGCUAGAGAGGAAAUCGUCACAGCCUCCGAAUCCACUGCGGCCUCUACCCGAAAAUCUUACGUUUGAUAUGAGGAACGUGCAAGCAAUGACCGAUAUAAAAACCGAAAUCGGUUAUGCCCGAGCGUGGGUCAGACUUUCGCUAGAGAAAAAACUUCUAUCAAAGCAUUUGAGAGAAUUACUCUCGGAUACAACUUUGCUUCGUUCUCAGUACAAAAGGACAGCCUUUCUACGAUGUGAGGAAGAGCGGGAACAAUUCUUGUACCACUUACUGACGCUUAACGCUGUGGACUAUUAUUGCUUUACUAAUACUUAUCCUACUACUAAGUUGCCAUAUCGUGUUCUAAUCGUGCCAUCUCGUAAAGCGAGUCAAACAACCGCUAAUUGCUGGCUUUCCAUAUCUGGCGCUAACGGCGAAUCUACACCCAAAAUACCAAUACCAAGGAAUACUAAUGAGUUCGUGUUUCAUCAUAAAAACUUGGGUAUUUUAUCAACGUUGCGCAUUGGUCAUGACAAUUCCGGUCUAUCACCAAGAUGGCUCCUCGACCAAGUGUACGUGCGGAAUGAAGUCACAGGUCACACCUACACGUUCCCGUGCAACCGCUGGCUGGGCGCGGGCGUGGACGACGGCUCCACGGAGCGCGUGGUGGUGGCGGCGCGCGCGCGCGAGCGCUCGCCGCGCACGCCCGCGCACGCGCUCUCGCCCACCACGCACCUCUCCACCUCCACUAUACAGCAUAUGAUCGGCGAUUGUGUAAAUGCAAUUGUAAAAUGGCAUUACCAGUCAAAACGUGAUAAAGAUGCGAAUUCCUUAAGCGUUUUACUCUGUGGUGAAAAUGGUUUGGUAAAAUGCUUAGAGCAAGCAUUCCUGUGUGGCUUCAAGUCAGCGAGGCUUUUUGGAAAGAAUCUCUUCAUUUGGGACUAUUUUGCGAGAGUAAAAGACGAAUUCAAGAUGAGCCUGUGCGACGAGCCCCAAACAAACAAAGGCUGUGGUGUCGCGUACAACUGCCGCCAGGACCAGGAGCACCGCGCCAUCUGGCGCUGCUACUGCCACCUCAUGGACGAGAUCAGCUCUGUGGGCCGCUCGUUGGGGAAGGAUGGGAAGUUUCAGCUUUUUAUAUGUUUAAGUUUAAGAGAACAUUGGCUUCACAGAAUGCUAGUUCCGAUGUCGUUGACGCGAGUGACGGCAGAGAUGUACGAGGAACAAAGCUUCCUGCGCAAACGCGGCCUGCUCACUUUCCUGAGGCAAAUACUCGAGCCGUUGGAUGAAUUCGACAUAGUUCUAGAAAAUUCCCUCACUCAAGGCAUU